AUGAACACUACGCUGCCUCUUUUGAACGGCGCGGAGCCUUCGCCGGCAUACCAUGGCGGCCACUCUGCCCCCAAUCAGCCUGGAUACUCGCUGCCACGGCCGUACGGUGGCUCGCUGAUGUCGAAUUCCGCUCACUCGCCGCCGCCUGGCAUGUUCAACCAUACUCCCUCCCACACGCGUCCAGGUAGCAUCGGAGAGGCGGUUUCGCAUUCUCCAAAGCGCGAACCUGAUAUCUCGCUCGAUUCACGCUCCGGAAGCGCCAUGUAUGCCUCGCAGCCUCCCAUGGCCCGGGAAAGAGCCACCACGCCUAAGGAAACGAAACCCGCCAGAGCUACAGAUCCAAUGUCCUUUGCCAGUAUCCUGUCAGGACCCGCCGAGGAGCGCCCGCGAAAGGCCUCUGUCCCUCCCGUGGUCAAGGCCAGCGAACAGCCGCCUCUACCUGUGUCUACGCCUGUGUCUACGUCUGUCUCCGCGCCAAAACCGGAAAUUCGAGUGCUGGAGUCGGAUAAGAGACGCCGCCAUCACAACUACGACUCUGCCUAUAGUGAUAUUGCGCCCAAACCAGUUGCGAAUGGCGCGGGUCCCGCGAAAUCCCCUGCCCUGGUUUCGCUGGCUCCUGCGAAAAUACCACGCCCGGCACAGCUCUUCAGUAGCCCAAAUCUCACCAACGCCAUGGAACGCUUGGAGAAUCUGGACAAGAGUGAUGUCGAGGCUCCCGGGUUCGAAGACGACUGGCAACGAUACAUCGUCAAGGGCAGGAAACGUGCGCGGGACGCAGAGGCCCUCGAUACCCAGAAGCGCAAGCGGCGUCGAACGAACUUUUUGGGUAAACUUGCGCGAGUGUUUGAAAAACAGGCCACCAUUGGUACGGAACGGUUUGCCCGUCUGCACGAAGCCGAGGUGAUAGAGGAAGUCCAGCAGAAAGAAAUAAUAGACGAAAAGGAACGCAAAAAGGACAUGCAACGGAAACGACGACGUGAAAAUACCGUUCGUGCCGAGAUGGAGAAGAUCCAGGCCGCCCAGAAGAAGGUCAGCAAGAUGGAAGACGACGCCGAAAAGGAGAAACUGCAGCGAGAGAUCGCCCGGUCACGCAAGAAGAUCAAACACACAAAACAGGUGCUCGAGACCGGGACCGCUCCUCAGGAGAUCAGCGAGGUUGCUCCUCUCUCCCCCAACCUCGAAGGCGGCACCACCGGUUCAUUCCACACCCGAGAUAAAGUCUCUCCUAAUAAGAAGAAGCCGACCAAGGGUGGCGCGACGACACGACCAAAGAAAACCAAGGAGCAGAAGCAGGCUGAAAAGGAUGCCGCGGAGGCCGCCUAUGCUGCCAUGGAAGGCGAGGAGCCCGUUCCCAUCGCUCCCAAGGACGGCUCGAGAAAGGCCACUCUGAAAAAGGAGACAAAGGCAGCUCGUUCAAAGGAACCUACGCCUACUCCUGUUGCAACUUUCGAUACCAAGGGCUACACUCAGCUAUACGAACAGAUCUGGAGAGAUAUGGCCCGCAAGGACAUUCCAAAGGUUGCCCGUAUCAAGACCGCCUCCCUUAAUACUCGACAGGAGAACCUGCGCAAAACGGCACAGCUCGCCAGCAAGCAAGCUAGGAAAUGGCAAGAACGCACUAAUCGCAGCACAAAGGAUACACAGGCCCGAGCUAAACGAACCAUGCGCGAAAUGAUGUCGUUCUGGAAGCGAAACGAGCGUGAAGAGCGUGAUCUACGCCGAAUGGCAGAGAAACAAGAACUGGAACUCGCCAGGAAGGCAGACGCUGACCGUGAAGCCAACCGUCAGAAACGCAAACUCAACUUCCUCAUCUCCCAGACUGAGCUGUACUCCCAUUUCAUCGGCCGCAAGAUCAAGACAAGUGAAGCUGAACAGUCUGGAGACACGACCGCUGCUCCCGUCGACGAUAAGGCUGGAGCCGCAAAGGAGCCUGCAAACUCGCUGGGCGUGCCUGACGAUGUGGGAGAUCUUAGCGCAAAGGUUACCAACUUUGAGGAUCUCGACUUCGAUGCUGAGGAUGAUACUGUGCUGAGAGAGGCUGCCAUGGCCAACGCUCAGAAUGCAGUUAAACAGGCCCAGGAUCGCGCCAAGGCAUUCAACGAGCAGGAGAACAAGAUGGCCGCGUUCGAUGAAGGCGAAAUGAACUUCCAGAACCCUACAAGCUUGGGUGACGUCGAGGUUGCACAGCCCAAGAUGCUCAACUGCCAGCUCAAGGAGUAUCAAUUGAAGGGUCUCAACUGGCUGGUCAACCUUUACGAGCAAGGUAUCAACGGUAUCCUUGCUGACGAGAUGGGUCUCGGAAAGACAGUACAGUCUAUCUCUGUCAUGGCCUACCUCGCUGAAGUGCACAAUAUCUGGGGUCCCUUCCUCGUCAUCGCCCCAGCCUCGACCCUUCACAACUGGCAGCAGGAAAUCACAAAAUUCGUCCCGGAUAUCAAAGUCCUUCCAUACUGGGGUUCGGCCAAGGAUCGAAAGGUGCUGCGUAAAUUCUGGGAUCGCAAACAUAUCACUUAUACCAAGCAGUCCGAGUUUCACGUCCUAGUGACAUCGUAUCAGCUGGUGGUCUUGGAUGCCCAGUAUUUCCAAAAGGUCAAAUGGCAGUAUAUGGUUCUCGAUGAGGCCCAGGCAAUCAAAUCUUCGCAGAGUUCCCGAUGGAAGAACUUGCUUGGCUUCCACUGCAGGAACAGGCUGCUGCUCACGGGUACGCCCAUCCAGAAUAACAUGCAAGAACUUUGGGCUCUGCUGCAUUUCAUCAUGCCGACGCUCUUCGAUUCACACGACGAGUUUAGCGAGUGGUUCUCCAAGGAUAUUGAAAGUCACGCUCAGAGUAAUACCAAGCUGAACGAAGACCAGCUUAAGCGACUACAUAUGAUUCUCAAGCCGUUCAUGUUGCGACGUAUAAAGAAGCAUGUCCAGAAGGAACUCGGUGACAAGGUCGAGAAGGACGUCUUCUGUGACCUUACCUAUCGACAGCGGGCGUACUACGCCAACCUUCGAAAUCGCGUUAGCAUUAUCGAUCUUAUCGAAAAGGCUGCUAUCGGGGACGAUGCCGACAGCACCACGUUGAUGAACUUGGUCAUGCAAUUUCGGAAAGUUUGCAAUCAUCCAGACUUGUUUGAGCGCGCUGAUACCUCUUCGCCUUAUUCCAUGUGUUCUUUCGCUGAGUCGGCAUCCUUCGUGAGAGCACCGUCGGUUGUCUGCUACACAACUCGCAGCUCGGUGGAGUACGAUCUACCUCGUAUGCUAUGCAGUUCUACGGGACGUCUUGACAUCCCCGGGUCCGACAACAGCAGGGCUGGGUUUGAGGAUAAAUACCUUUCUCAUAUGAUGAAUGUCUGGGCACCAGACAAUAUACGUGAGAGCCUGGCUGACGACCAAGCCUUUUCCUGGCUUAGGUUUACCGACAUAUCGAUAGGCGAGGCGUCUAGGUUGUCAUAUAAGGGGGUGUUUGAGAGGGCAUUAGACCGUCAUGGCUGUGAGAAUCGUCUGGCACGACUUUCAGUCGUUUACGACGAUGAUACCACGAACGCAAACACGCUUCUCCCACAUUCUUUAUUCAAUAUCGUUGAUCGCAAUGAUUUAUCUGAGUUGGCAGAAGUUAGCUCAUCCGGAUAUCUACGCAAACUGCUCAACGUUACUCAGACUGUGAUCGAUAAUGAAGGGAUUUCCGGCUUCGAACCAUGCGGUAGAACGUGCGCCACAGCUCCUCCGAUCAUGAUAUCUUGUUCCUCCCCGUCGGCCAACAUGGAGAUCGAGAAUACGUUUUUCAACGUCCGGGCUCGUCAGGCCUUGAUUGGAACGAUAAGUCGAGGCCUUGAUGAGGAGAUUCUGAACAACAAGGUCAGCCCUCUGCCCUACUCGUAUUCGCCGAUGCUGCCGACACCUGGCUCCACGAAACGAGGAUACACGAACAUCACCGUACCAUCGAUGAGACGAUUUGUCACCGACUCUGGCAAACUGGCGAAACUCGACGAGCUCCUUCGAGAGCUGAAGAACGGCGGCCAUCGUGUACUGCUCUAUUUCCAGAUGACGCGCAUGAUCGAUCUUAUGGAAGAAUACCUCACUUACCGCAACUACAAGUACUGUCGAUUAGACGGUAGCACCAAGCUCGAGGACCGUCGUGAUACGGUCUUGGAUUUCCAACAACGACCCGACAUAUUCAUCUUCCUUCUCUCCACCCGUGCCGGUGGAUUGGGUAUCAACCUUACAGCCGCCGAUACCGUCAUCUUCUACGACUCCGACUGGAAUCCAACCAUCGAUUCUCAGGCUAUGGACCGAGCCCAUCGUCUCGGUCAAACCAGACAGGUCACAGUCUACCGCUUAAUCACUCGUGGAACCAUCGAAGAACGAAUUCGUAAGCGAGCCCUACAGAAAGAAGAGGUGCAGCGUGUGGUCAUAUCCGGCGGUGCAGGCGGUGGCGUCGACUUCAACACUCGUAGUCGCGAGAACCGCACCAAGGAUAUCGCCAUGUGGCUUGCAGAUGAUGAUGAGGCAAAGAUCCUUGAACAAAAGGAGAAAGAAGCCAUGGACAAGGGAGAGGAGGCGGCUGCUGCACCUAAGAAGGGAAAGAAGGCUGCCCCCAAGAAGAAGAGAGAUGUUACAUUGGAUGAUAUGUAUCACGAAGGUGAAGGACACUUCGAAGAUCUUAGCGCCAGACCUUCCGGCACCGCAACUCCAUUAUCCGCAGACAUCGAGACACCUGCUGCAGGCCCACCAGGUAAAGGAGGUCGCCGCCGUGGACCGGGAAAGGGCACCUCCAAAAAAGCCAAGACAGCCAAAGAAAGGCUCCGUUUCAUUGAUGGUGAUGAUUAA